GCGUGUGCGUGUGUGUGUGUGUGUGUGUGUGUUAGAGAGAGAGAGAGAGAGCGAGAGAGAGCCGGAGGAGCGAGCCGACAGACGGACUGCGGGAGGAGUGUUGCCGUGUUCAGGGACAGCAGCAGCAGCAGCAGCUCCAGGACACACAGCGCUGAAAAUGGGAGUCGAAAUCGAGACCAUCACCCCCGGUGACGGACGGACUUUCCCCAAAAAAGGGCAGACGUGUGUGGUGCAUUAUGUCGGCUCCCUGACAGAUGGACGGAAGUUCGAUUCCUCUCGUGAUAGAGACAAGCCUUUCCGGUUUAAGAUUGGCAAGCAGGAAGUGAUCCGAGGCUGGGAAGAGGGAGUAGUGCAGAUGAGUGUUGGUCAGAGAGCCAAGCUGACCUGCUCUCCUGACUACGCGUAUGGAAACAAAGGCCAUCCGGGCAUAAUACCACCCAAUGCCACGCUCAUCUUUGAUGUGGAGCUGCUGGGUUUGGAGUGAAACAAACCCUCUUUUUUUUAAUGUUGUGUGACUUCCUACAUGGGCGACCAGGAGAGAAGCUAGGAGAGUCUGCACUUGAGGCUCAAGUCAAUAUUCCACUACGUAUUUCAUCAAACUAUGACAGUUUGUUUUAUUUUGUCUCUGUGACUGAGUUGAUUCUGUUUUUCCAUCCUAUUCUUCCUCCUAGAAAACCAUGGGCCAUAACCUUACAAACUUCCAUGUUCUUAAUCUUAAAAUGCUAAUUAAAUUGCUUUUCUUUGUGUUUUUAGAAGUGUUGUGCAUGGUUACGCUGAGAAGUACAAUACCGAUGAACCAUUAGCAGCAACAUUCAUCUAUUAUGAGUCAAACUCAUACUGAUGUUAUAUGUUUAACAGCUUGUUGUAUUCCAAAAAAAAAAAAAAUGUACAAAUGCAUAUGAAAAGCACACAUUUGUAUCCCUACCCAGCUUCAAAUUGGGUUAAAUAGGCUUAGGGUUGAAUUUAAUGGCUACUUAUAGUGAAAAGUCCUGGGAGGCCUUAAGGGUGCAGUACAGGAACUGAGUUUCUGUGUAACACCACUGUGUUUACUUUUUCAUCACUGUUGCUAAAUGAAGCUGGCGCAAAAAAAACAAAAAACAAGUCACAGUUGUAGAUAGCUCUCAUGUGCCUACAUAUUCUCACCAGAUACACGGUUACUACCUUGCCCUAUCUGCAUGUUGUAGGUCUGAUGGAAACUUAGUGUGUACAUGCUGAAAGCUUUGCAUCUGAUUUUGUGUUAUUACUGCCUUCUCAUCUUGCCAAGUCUUUAAACCCCAUUUAAAGCCAUACACAGGUCGAACAGUGCAAAGAUGGGAUUUGUGUGAACGCACAUCAAUUGGACUUUGGUUAUUUUUGUGUUACAAAAAAAGGUGGAAAUGCUUGAAAUGAAGGGGGCAGUGUCAAUCAAAUUGUGGCCUCCCCUGAUUUAUUUUGUGUAACUUCAAUUCUGUAUUUUUUCAGAUGCUAACUUUUUAUCUCCGAGAAUCAACAUAGCUGAUGUUCAACCUGUGAUGAUAAAUCUCUUUUUUUGUUUUAUUUUAUUUGAUAUUUUUGCCACUGUAAAGUACCACACUGCCUAACUGAAGUCUGUGUUGUCGUUAAAAAAAAAAUUGCUGACACAGGCAACCUAGUGGUUUUUGUAUCUCAAAAAAAAAAAGUAGUUUUAAAUGGAGUUUAAAUGAAGGGAUUUGCUGGCCUGGCUGUCUGAUAUUGACUGUUGAUGUUGCAUAUUGGCCAAGCUGCAACCGGUGUGGCAGCAGUCCACCUCUGUACUGUGUAGUUACGUGCUGAUGCAUUACUGCAGGCUAAACCAAUGAAGACAUAUUUAAAAUAAAAGAAGUGCUCUCCA